AUAAAACAAUUUAGCUAGUUUUUAACUUUGUGGCACAGUUGCUUUCUCCCUCCCAUCCCCUAAGAAGUAUUUGCAAGCCCCAGAGUUUUUAGCCAAGAUGGCGUCCAUCCUGGAUCAGUACAUGCAGGCUUCUGCAGGCGAAAACUUGAAUCCUUUUCUAGGACCAGACGUCACUGAACCGAUCUCAACUGGAUACAUUGAUGUUAGAAGCGAGGAUGAAGUUCCAAUAUUUCGGCGGCAAAAGAUCAACUUUAGACCUCCAAGCACAAUUGUGGAUGUUGUGGUCUGCAACAAUAUGGUGGCCAUAGCUCUGAGCAAUAAUGUCUUAAUGAGGCUAGACUUGUCAAACCCUAGUGAAAUAGAUCGUGUUGAUAUAACCAAACGCGUUGAUGACUCUAUCCAUCGAAUCUUCAUGGACCCCACAGCUAGACAUCUCAUUGUCUGCAUGAAAUCCCAAGAAUCCUUUUAUUUAGCGAGAAAUUCCAAGAAACCCAAACCAUUGGCAAAGAUGAAGGGGCAUCUUAUUAAUGCCAUUGCUUGGAAUAAAUCCAAACUGACAGAGAGCUCUACCCAGACCAUUCUCCUGGGAACAACCAAAGGUUUGUUGUAUCAGUCAACCUGUUUAGAUGUCUGGAGAAUGUACCUUGAACGAGGAGAAUUUGAAUUAGCCAAGGAAUAUUGUAAGGAUAAUCCUGCAAAUUUGGACAAAGUUUUAACUAAGCAAGCUGAGGAGCUUUUUGACAACAAGAGCUACACCAAUGCUGCCAAGUGCUAUGCUCAAGCACAAGUCUCUUUUGAAGAAGUUGCCUUAAAGUUUAUUCAAGUGGGGGAGAGACAGGCCUUAAGAAUGUUCCUGCUGAAAAAACUUGAUAGUCUUAAAAACCAGGACAAGACGCAAAUGACAAUGUUGAUUAUGUGGUUGAUAGAACUGUAUUUGAAUGACCUGGGCAGUUUAAAAGAGAGUGAUGCAAAAUCAAAACGCAAAGACCUGGAGGAGGAGUUCAGGAAAUUCCUGGCACAAACCAAAGUCAAGACAUGUUUGGACCAGAACAGAAAAACUGCUUAUGAUUUGAUUGCUAGUCAUGGAGAUGUGGAAAAUUUAAUAUUCUUUGCUAUGUUGAUGCAAGAUUUUGAGCAUGUAAUUAGCCACCAUAUUCAACAUGAUGACUUCAUGGCAGCAUUGGAAGUUCUCAUUAAACAGACAGACACAGAGCUGUAUUAUAAGUUCUCACCAGUGCUGAUGCAGCAUAUUCCACGGCAAACAGUGAGUGCAUGGAUUGAACAGAAGAAGAAAUUGGACCCACGGCGGCUGAUUCCUGCUCUUGUUCACUAUCAUCAGCAAGGAAAAUCAACACAGACUGAGGAAGCCAUCCGCUACCUGGAGAUCUGUAUAGAGAGGUUAGGAAACAGAGACCAAGCUAUUCAUAAUUAUCUACUGUCCUUGUAUAUUGAGCAAGAUGAUGAUCUGUCAUUACUACGAUACCUGCAAAUGCAGGGACAGGACCCUGAAGAAGUGUGUUAUGACAUGAAGUAUGCUCUCAGACUUUGCUCUGAGCACAACAAGCAGCAGGCCUGUGUGCACAUUUACAGUACAAUGGGACUCUUUGAGGAAGCUGUUGACUUGUCUUUAAAGGUUGAUGUUGAUCUUGCUAAAAUUCAAGCUCAAAAGCCUCCAGAAGAUGAUGAAGUUUUGAGAAAGAAGCUGUGGUUAAGAAUUGCGCGACAUGUGGUGGAGGAAGAACGAGAUGUUAAAAAGGCAAUGGAGUUUUUGAACCAAUGUGAACUUCUCAAGAUUGAGGAUAUCCUUCCUUUUUUCCAGGAUUUUGUCACAAUUGAUCAUUUCAAGGAUGCCAUUUGUUCUUCACUUCAUGAAUACAAUCAACAUAUUGAAGAACUGAAAAGUGAAAUGCAGGAAGCCACAGAAAGUGCCAAAACAAUAAGAUCAGACAUCCAUGAAAUGAGGAAUAAAUACAGUAUAGUUCCAGCACAAGAAAAGUGCGCAAUCUGUUCAUAUCCUCUGCUUACACGAGGCUUCUAUGUGUUUCCCUGUCAUCACGCCUUCCAUUCAGAUUGUUUGAAGAAUGAGAUACUACCAAAUCUUAAAGAAAAACAGAGAGCUAAAGUUCAGGAACUUUAUAGCCAGCUAUACACUCCAUCAAGAACUGACUCAUCCACUGUCACACCAGCUUCCCGAGAGUCUGUUAAGAAUGAGCUGGAUGACCUAAUUGCAUCUGAAUGUCUCUAUUGUGGUGAAAUUAUGAUUAGAACUGUUGAUCAACCAUUUAUCUUGCCAGAUGAAUAUGAGAGUGUACUGGAAAGCUGGCAGUAAUUUUAGUUAAGAGAACAUUUAUUUAUAAUGAAUGAGUGGUAAUAAUAUUAUUAAAAACAAAAAUUAGUAUCAAGUCAGCCCAGUCUCCUCUGCUUCUUUUUGUUUGGUUGCCAUGGAAACAAGGCAUGCAAUGUAAUUGAUGCAAAAUUAAUGGUGCACUUGUUGCUGAGGAAUGUAAAACUAAUUUUAAGAAACCAUUAUAUCUUUGUACUAGUUAAGAGUACUAACUGAAGAGGGAAUGCUGUCACUUUUCAUAUACUAUAUUUAUGUGCUGAGAAAACUGAAUGAUGCAGUUGAUUCUUUUAAACUGACACAUUAUGAGACUAAAGGUUAGAGGCUGAUUACCUCAGGUUCAGUCGUAGUGGGCUCAUCACCAAGUUGUUUGUAGUAAGAGAUAUAUAAACUUUACCCAGAACUUAAGAAUUCUAACUCAUUAUUUGUAUGCAGUUUCAACUUAAUUGUAUAUUAAUAGAGUAUAAAAAUGUACAGAAAGAAAACCCCAAAGCUGCAGCAAUAAUAAAGCGUGAAACUUGUCUCUAAUUUAACGUGAACAAUCUGUAUUGUCAUAACUCAACAUGACAGGUGACUUCAAAUACACUAGAAAUAUUUUC